GAUCGUAUGGUAGGUCAAAGGGAGAAGUGAUCUGCCCGGACACACGUCAAGAGGAAGGCCGUAGCUCAUGUGAGCUACGAGGUAAAAAUACUAUUCCCUACACUCCUAUGAACGUAGAAUGUUGUGUUGUGGCUAGUAGUGGCCAAGUGGAUGUAGUUGCGGAUUUACCUAGAGUAGAGGUGUUUGAGUCUCCCUAUGGUGAUGUUAGGUUACGUGAGGACCAAACUCUUGUUGUAAGUACGCAAGCACUAGUUGAUCCUUUAGAUGACGAAAUUGAUUCUUCUUGUAAGAAUGAUUUAUGUCCAUCUAGUGCUAGCCCUUAUAACUUGAACAAGGUUCUAUUACCAAUUGACAAGAGUACUCACCCGCUAGUUGACCCUUGUGCGAACCAAGGUGAGUCUACGUUGGUAUGUGAGUUGCCAACAACUAGUGAGGAUGUGAAUGAAGAUCAACUUACUCAUGAAUGUAUUCCACUACUUGAGCAUAUGUGUGGCGUGCUUAAAAAAUCUCAAGUUAGUGAUGGUGUUUAUAGAGUUGAUCUUGAUGGUGUACGUGACUCUUUGAACAUCUUGUGUGGUAAAAGCCUUGCUAGUAGUUUUGUUCAUAGAGAUCCUGUGUAUGGAAAUGUUGUAAAUGAUGGCAUAUAUCUUUUUGAGGUAGGACUUCUAGGUCGUGUCUCUCUAUUCUUGAAUGUUAGUCUUCUCUUAAAGGUAAAUGUCAUCCGUGAUUGUGGGGGUGACAUUCUAGGGGAAAGAAGGGCUAACCUCGGCUUAGACCCUUGGCUACUUCUUCCAUUUGACCCCGGCACCCUUCCAGAAUAUGGGAAUUUCUACACUUUCUACUUGAUGCUUGGUCAAGACGACAAGCAAUGUUUGAUUGUGGGUGCUAAUGAAGGAAGGAAAGGUUCUUCCUUGUCUCUUUUUUGUUGAUGAUGACCUCUUCCUUUGUGCCAUUUAUACUACCGUUUUCAUGUUCAACACAAAGGACUCGUGGGUAUACUCCAAGUUUGUCCCACCUUGGCAUGGCAUGUGAUGUGUGUAUUUUGCUAAUCCUAACCCCUCAUGUCAUGAGAAUGUGUACUUGUUUGUUUUCUCUUGAUUUGCAAGGUAUGGAUUCGAGGUCGAAUCCUUUUCAAGAAGGGGAGGAUGAUACGAGUACGACCACGAUGAUGGACGAGAACGAGUGCAUGUUGAAUCCGUCCAAGGAAGUGCACAAGUGAAGUGUAAAAGAGGGCUUAAAUGCACUAAAAAUAGCCCUUAAGUUACACUUGAUGGGCAUCUCACCCUUGAGGGGUAUUGUGGUUAUUUUGUAUUCUAUUUUGUAAUACACUAUAUAUAGAACCUCUUAGGGUUUUUAGUCUUAGUUUUUGUUGAAUAUUGAAAGUUGUAACAUUUGAAACACUCUCUCUUGUGAGAAUGGCUCCCAUGGCCGAAACUUGUAACUAGGGCUUUCAACUUGAGUGUGGAAUCACUCGUGUUGGAUUCAAGCUUGGAAACGUUGAAUGCUUGGGGGAUCGAGGUCACUCUUGUGCCAACAUAAGAGUUAG